AUGGAAGAUCCAUUUGCUUUCUGGCAAUUUGAUAUCAAUGAAGACGAUGACGAUGACGAUGAAGCUUACCAACCAGAUGAUAACAGUAAUGAUGAUGAAGAUGAUGAUAAUGUCGAUGCACCAAACGAAAAUUUACAAAAUAAACCAACCUUCGACUUAAAUCAAGUUAUUUUAAGAUUUAAUAUGCCACACACGCUUGUACCAAAUCAACUUUUUAUUGCUUCUCUUCCUAAAAAAGAAGAUAUUCCAAAUUCUCCAUUUACUGUUGAACAAUGGGAUCUUCUUCGUCAUCAAUGCCGUAUACAUUUUGCACUUUUAUGCAGAUCUAUAAGUUUCACAGCUUAUUGCGCUUCUUCAGAUGCAAUUGUUACAGGAUUAUUAGCUUUAUUACAUUCUUACAACAUAAUAUUUAAAUCAUCCAUCGAAACUACUGCAAACCUUAAUAAUCUUUUCGGAGAAACUCUUUUUGUUCCAGUUUUAGGUGAUCCAAGGUAUUCUUUGAUUUCUCGAACUGAUUUCAUUAUAGAUACAUUUCUUAGGGGUAAAAAUGUCGAUGAUUUGAUGGAAUUCCCAUUCUUUACAGAAAUAUUUAAAGCAUUUCCAACAAAAGGCAUAGAUAAGCCUCUUUAUCUUGCCUGCCACUCGCCAUGGACAAAAGAAGAAGAUGAAUUACUAGAAGUAGCUCAUAAACGAUUCGAAAGUCCAAUUGACAUACAAAGAUUUGUUAUGCCUGGAAGAUCUCUUCAAAUGAUCACUCAGCACCUCAAAGGAGAAUGGAAACAACCAGAGGAGAUCCAGGAUAAUGUCAAUACACGCAGACAAGAACCAGAAACAGAAACUACAACUACAACAGAAGAUGAACAACAUGCUGCAUCUGAUCAGACAGAAGAAGAUGAAGAUGAUGACCAGCCAUUCAUUAUUAAUGAGAAUAUGAGAUUUGCUGAUGGAACUCUGCCAGAAGAUCCAUCAAAGAACUUGUUGUUGCCGAGAUUUCCUUAA